AUGUUGGUCUCCUUGACUGUUGGCAAGGUAGACGCUGGUGUCGCCGUGCUCUUGACCCAGGACAACCGUCUUAUCGAAUUCCCCUCUGUUCUCCUACCAAACAACAUCACCUCCGGUAGCAUCGUCGAUAUUACCGUAGCGCGCAACCACAAUGCCGAAGCUGCCAGCGCUGCCGGGUUCCAAUCCCUCCAGAAACGCAUCCUGAACACCUACGGCGUCAAGACGCCCUCGCCGCCCAUCCUGCGCCUCCGCAAUGCAACCCAGACCUCCCUAGUCCUCGAAUGGGAACCCAUCGACCUGGCGACCGCCUCUCUCAAAUCUCUCUCCCUUUACCGCAACGGUUCCAAGGCUGGCUCGAUACCCCGUCCCCUCGAGACCCGCAGCACCAAGAUCAGUGGUCUUGCCGUCCACGCCGAAUACACCUUCCACCUGGUCCUGCGCACCACCGCCGGCACCUACCAGUCCGAGAAGCUCACCUGUCGCACGCACAAAAUGACCGAUCUUUCCGGCAUCACGGUGACGUCGGGCGUGCUGCCCCCGCAGCAGAGGGACGCCCUUGCGGCGGCGCUGGACCGCAUUGGCGGCAAGUUAAUCGAUACCGUCCGCAUCGACACGACCCACUUUGUCUGCACGGAGGGCCGCGGCCCACUGUGGGAGAAGGCUGUCGAGAUGAACAUCCCCGUCGUCGUGCCCGAGUGGGUGGAUGCCUGCGAGGCCGAGGGUACCAUCGUCAGCGUCCGCGGCUACUACCUGAACGCCGACCCCAAGGCCAGACAGCUUGGCACGCUUCACGGCUCUACGCAGCAUCAGCGCACCACCUCCUCGGCCACCUCGAUCCAGCCGCCGCAGACCCCGACUCAACAGUCGCACUCGCAGUCAAGAAUGAGUCUUGCGCCUCGCGCCUCGCGCGAGAGAGAAUCGCACACGAUCGGUGAACCACCCGUGACGCCCUUCCCAGGCGCAAACAUGAGCGGACAGCCCACGGCUGCGGAAGACGAAAUCACCUCGGACGACGACCAGUCGCCGCCUCCUGCACCACCCCCGAAGGAUGAGACCGAAGAGACAGAAGAACCAUCAUCGAAUGGCCCUACCGCGCAGAUCGUCGUCACCGAGCCUACCUCUCCGUCAAAAGACCAGCCUUCCAAGGAUGAAGAACACGAGAAAGAGAAGGACCAGGAUCAAGAACCUGAAAAGGACAAGGAAGUAGCCGCGGCCAAUGCCGGUGAUAAAGAAGCACAAGAAGAUGAUUCAUCGAGUAACGAACCAACCAAGGAGAAGGGAAAAGAAGGCGAGGGGGACUUUAACGAAGUCCCUCUUUAA